UUUUUGAUCGUUGAUGUGUAACCUAAUUUGGAAAGUUCAAAACCUGUAGCUCAAAUGCACCGGAUGAACAAAGUAGCUGAACGGGAAGAGAACUGGAUUAUAUACGCCUUCUUGUAGAGUCUAAAUUUAACUGCGGAGCAGGCAGUUGCUCCACUUUUUUUCUUUCACAACCUAUAAAAUUACCGGGAUUGCUACAUGACAACAUUCCGCCAAAUACUCGGUCGUCAUGCUCCAGUGAAAUCAUCUGCAGUAGAUUCCGUUUUCCGCGAUUUUAUUUUUAAGCGACAGUUUUGAUAAAAUGUCGGAACCUGCAGGCAAACGGCUCAAACUAACCUUGCCUGUCUGCACGGCCCACCGGACGCUCACCGGGACCCGGGUGAAGCACAACUUCCCCUUGGUAGUUGAGGAAAGUUUGUGCGGCGUUAUAACGGUGCUGAUGGCGGUUGCUUAUCGACUUCAAGCCCUGGCGAAACUGUUUGAACGGGAUGAUAUUGCUUUACCAAGAAUAGCAGCAUUUUUCCACCAGGAAGCUGAGCAGGAGCAGAAGGAAGCAGAGUCUCUGCUUGAAUACCUGCGAGAGCGCGGAGGACAGUACUGCAAUAAAGACAUCCAGAAACCGGGGUGCGAGGCAGUGGGCAGCGUUCUGCAGGCCCUGGAACUGAUGCUGGCACAGUGGAAGGAGGUGGCCAGAAUCCUGACGGAGCUCUGUCAGCAGAGCAAGCAAAGUGGAGACCCUCAUACAGCCAGCGUGGUCAAGAAGCGUUUCGUCACACCAGCCAUUGGCAAGAUCGAAGUGGUGGGCGCCCUCCUGACUAAUGCCAGGAGGGUGGGCUGUAAGGAUGAAACAGGUUUCGGGGAGUACCUGAUUGACCAGCUCCAGAAAGAGCUGACAAAUCUCUGAACUCUCCAAACUCUUGCUCGCCUAAAACCCCUUUCCUAACAAUUCUGUUUGCCUUCAGUCUUUUGUUUCUAGUUUGUGAACAUCUUAGUUUAGACUAUAAACAGUUAGUUUAGAACAUCUUUACUUUGUAGGGCAACAACCUUUAAGCCAUGUCAGUAUCCUAGGGCAGGGUUUCUCAACGAUGGGCUGCCUUCAGCCAUUAACAGGUGUGGAACAUUGUGAGGUGCAAAUUAUGUUUCUCAAGUCUGAUGAAGAUUAAAGAAACGGAAUAUCUGAGAGCAGCUGAGCAGGAAUUGUACCGAUGUACUUCUAGACCAGCUCUGAUUGAACACUGAGAUGUGCUUGGGUCAGUGACACGUAUGUGCAUGCAGGUUAGGGGGCAGUGUGCCACAAACGCGUUAUCUUUUUGCAAGUGUGCUAUGGGACGGAAAAGGUUGAGAAACACUGCCCAAGGCCACUGCAUGUUCACCAGCACUUCGACAGUCGACACUGUUCCCAUUGGGAAAGGUAAGAAGUGUGCACGUUAAGCACAACUGGAGUUCAACAGUGUGUUUUUAAUCCUGUGUUAAGCGGUUCCUGCAAAUUGGUUCAACCUUCAAUGUCAGCUUUUCUAAAAUAACUCUUGGCUUUUCCUUUGUGAAAACCAAUUGAUUUUAUUGAGUUGAUAUUUCAGUAUAAGCUUUUGAAAAAAAAAAAA